AUGCAUCACCAUUAUCUCCUCUGUUUUCUCCUCACCCUCUUCACAUUCAUUCUCCCUACAUCUGCAUCUCCCCUCUACUACUCCCCAUCCUCAAGAGACGACAAUCAAAUCCGAUCUACACUUACUACAACAUGCUUGAGUGAUUAUUUCGGAGGCUGUUGUGCUGUCGAUGAAUACGGCGGUUAUGGUUCUUGUACAAACGCAACCUUACUCGGGUCCAACGUGCCAUGGACUGGUAUGCCUACCACCCAAACCGCAAAUGAAUGGGCAUGUACAAAUCCAGUCAAUGGAACCGUAAUUAGUGCGGGGUGUUGUACGUGGAGCUCGACUUAUGUUUGUCUCCCAUUCUCUCCUACCCCCAAAUGGGACGUUGUAUUUUCCUCUCAUCUUAUGUAUAAAAAUAAUAAUAAAAAAGUCUCUACUAACCACCUCCCCAAAAAGAUCGACACAACCUAUCCCAACGGAGUGGUGAUUCCUACGCUUCAAAAAUCGAUGGCAUGUACAGCUAGUAACGCAGGACUUUCAAAAUCCAAGAGAAUGGAAGACAGAGGCGGGGUAAUGAAUCGAGGUUGGGGUGAUGUGUGGUCAUUCUGGUGA